AUGUACACACAGACACAUGUACGUACAUACACACAAACACAUGUACACGCACACAGACACAUGUACACACAUACAUAUAUGUACAUACACGCAUACACACAUGUACAUACACAGAGACACAUGUACACACACACACAAAUACACAAAGCCCUAUAAAAAGUUGCAGUACUUCGUUACCUUCACUCACAGAGCCGGGUACUGCACUCUAGGGGGAGGCAGAGAGCACAGCACACACUCCUUCCUUUGCUUUCACUUUGCUCAACUAUUGAGCAGUCUGACGGCUCCCAGUGUGAGUGACAGAUCCGGCCCUGAGUUCCGAGCCUGCUCAGCAAGAUGGCUCUGGGGACACACUCACCCCCACCAUAAUUUCCACUCACCAAUGCGAGGAGGUGAGUGGAAAUUUCAAGGCCUGAUA